AUGCCUACCACAACCCAUACCACGACCAGGGUCACCUCUGGCUCCAACAGCUACCUGGACAACAUCAAUGCCAACACUAACGCGGCCCCUGUUCUUCCUCCUUACCUUCGCACCAGCAGCCAGUCCCCUUUGAACUCGUUUCUGUUUUCUCCCAGCAACGCCUUCCCCUCGGCCAUCGGAACGGGCAUACCAAAGGAGAGGACAGGAGCGACUAAGAUGUCCUUGAACAAUACCGAAAUCAUGGACUUUGUUACCCGAUAUCAGACGUUGCAAGGUUAUCAAAAUGCCAGCGACCAGCUGAUUAAGGACCUUUUGAUAUACUGCAAAGAAGUCGAGGGCCACUAUGGCGAGGAAAAUCAUAUGCUCAAGCAGGAGCUUCGCAAUGCAAAGCUCGACCUCGAACACGCCACCACUCAUAGGAGAGAGAUGCAGCAGGCGCUGCAGGAGCUUGAUUUGGAUAACAACUACAUCAAGGAUACUAACUUGAGGGGCCUACCUUACCAGUUUCAAGAAAAUUUCAUCAGGCAGGGCAUUGAGGGCGGCAAGCAGGCUGCCUACGCCCUUCGAACCGCAGUUGCCGAGUACGUCGGCAGCCAGUCGGGUGAAGUUGAAAUCGUCGCCAAAGUUUGCGCCAACCUUUCAGGUCUCGGACGUGCCAUGCGCAGAGACGGUUGUUUGGACAGCGAAUCCGCGCUCAAGGACUUCUCUUUGGGAUUUACUCAGGCCAAAGCUUCAUUUGAUUUUAUUGACGUCGGUCACGGCAAGGAACGUGCCGACUCGAAGAUCAAAGAGGCCACCCGCUGGCAUUUACGAAACUACAACUGCAGGCAGAUUUUGUUAGGCAUUUCCCACGAUGCGGGCUAUGCCCCCUUUCUCGACGAGAUCCUCCAAGAUAAGGAAAUCCGCUCGAAGGUUAGCAUCAUCGAGGGUGUCGCAACGGUCAGAGAACUCAAAAACACAAACGUCCACAUUCUCGACCCGCUGCCCAGCCUUUUCAGAAACCAAAAGCUUGUUGACCGAAGCGGCGACCGCGCUGCCGAGGCAGUCCACCCCAAGCCAUUGGCCGUGGUGACCACGUCGCCGACUGUGUCACUCGCCUCGCCGGCCACUUCCGUCGGCCCCAUCGUCCUGGGCCGGAGUCACCGCCAAAGCGAGCCCCCGCCAGUCAUCACCACCCCAUUAGCCAACAAGAGCAUCAACAUCCCAACUCGCCAGGCCUCGCAGCCAAAGCCCCAGGCCUCGCAACCAAAAUUGCAGACCCCGACAUGGAACCCUGGCCAGCGUGGACUCGACCCUCCCAUUCCCAUCAACCAGCCGGCUCUCGAUAACAUCAAGAAGCGUACCGGCAGGGACAAGCUUUGCAAUAACCACUACCUCCGCGGACCAUGCGCCAAGGGCGACGAGUGCUGUUUUGAGCACAAGUACAAGCCCAACCCCGACGAGAUCAACGCCAUUGCCUUGUUGACUCGCCUCAACCCCUGCACCAACGGUCAGGACUGCGACGUAGAAAAUUGCAUCUAUGGACAUCACUGUCCCAGCGUUACAGGCAACACCUGCACGCACCCAUAUUGCAAGUUUCGAAUUUCAGAUCAUCCCCCUGGCACGAAGUUUAAGAACGCCAAAAUUCACGAGAAUUGA